AUGAACUCAGAUGGUGCCCAGUUCGCCAAUGUCGCCGACCGCCACAUCAUUCUGGUGGCGGACGAGGGUUUCGAGGACGAAGCAGCGGACAUGGAGAUUGUUAGGGCAGCGAACUCCACCAGGAGCUUGAACAGCUCGAUUUUCGAUCACCGCUUUGAAAAUGGGAGGACAUACCACAAGUACAAAGACGGGAAUCUGCAACACCAUCUGUUCAGGUUGACUUUCAAUGGCAGACUGGCCAAUGCACCUUCGCUCCAUGAAGGCUCUAGUGUUGGUCGAGUUCUCGACCUGGGCUGCGGAACCGGGCUUUGGGCCAUCGAGCUUGCAGAUGAGCAUCCAGAGGCAGAGCUGAGCUGUCAGAUAAUCGGAGUGGACCUUUCUCCAAUCCAGCCAGAGUUUAUCCCUGCAAACGUCAUGUUCGAGAUUGACGAUAUCGAAGAGGAUUGGACAUGGUCAAAGCCCUUUGAUUACAUCCAUAGUCGCAUGAUGAACUCAAACAUUGGCAAUUGGGAUGACUAUGUUGCACAGGCUUAUGUGUAA